CUUCACAAAAAACGCUUGCAGGACUGGCUGUUGGAUAGAGCAAGGGAGUAGGACUCACUGAUUGCUCCACGGGAAGCCAACAUAGAAGAUGAGCCAAAUGGCCGCCUUCUCUGCCGUGAAUGAUGUGAUGUCAUGACAUGUCAAGUAAGAGUGAUGGCAAUUCUUGACAGAUUUGGUGACCAGGAUGGUACCAGCCCUCCCAGUUGUUGAGGGUAUUUUGCCUUUGUAGGAUGCUCCCUGCCCAGUAGAGGACGUGAGGAAAUGAGGGGAAAGAGAAGAGAAAACCAAACUGGUCUUGGAGAUACACUGGGAGCGAGUGAACAGCAUCGUAAGCGGCAGCUUCGUGCGGGCGAUGUGCAGCGCUGGGGGUGAGCGGCAGCGCCGCAGCCUGAUCCGGGACAUCGAGCUCAAUGUGCUCGAGUGUAAAGUCUGCUUCGAGAGGUUCGGCAGCAGCCCGGCCCGCCGACCCUGUGCCCUGCCGUGCGGACACGCUGUCUGCCGGCACUGCGCCUCGGCUCUGUGCCGCCGCCGGGGCCAGGAGGCGGCGGCGGCGGCCGGGCAGCUCGAGUGCCCUUUCUGCCGGAGGAUCGGGCCGCUCUCGCUGGCCGCCGAAUGCCUCCCCCUGCUGCAGCUGGCCGAGCUGCUGGCCGGAGCGGGCAGCGAGCCCCGCGGGGGCGGCCGGCCGGAGCUGACCGCCGUCUUCGGGGGUUGGGGCCGGCUGCUCAACCCCCGGGGGCUGGCGGUGUGCAGCAGCUCGGGUGCGGUGGCCGUGGUUCAGGACGGGGAGCAAGGACUCGGCCUCUUCGAGCGGGGCGGCUGCCCGCUGCCGGGCCCGGGUCCGGGUCGGGGGCGGCUCCGGUACCCGCUGGACGUGGCGGUGGCGGGCGGAGGGCGGCUGCUGGUGGUGACCGACGCCGGGGACUCCUCGGUCAAGGUGUUCAGCUGGCGGGGCGGCCGGGCGGAGCUGGCGCUGAUCCACGGGGGGUUCGGCCUCCCCUGGGGCCUGGACAGCGGCUCCGCUGAGCGGGUGGUGCUGACCGACUCGGCCCGGGGCUCGCUGCUCCAGCUCACCCUGCAGCUCCCCGGCGGAGCCCUGCUCAAGCAGGAGAGCGUCUGCGAGCGGCUCUGCGGCCCCAGGGAGGUGGCGGUGGGCCCGCUGGACGGCUGCAUCCACGUGGUGGAGCAUCCCCCGGCCAGCCCCGGGCAGAGAGCAGGGCGGUGCCUGAAGACCUUCAACAGCCAAGGGCAGCUCGUCCGCCAGAUGGACGGCUUGGGCUGGAGCCCACCCAGCCCCGUCCCCAUGGGCGUCUCCGCUAUCGCCGUCGACGCGAAAGGCAACGUGCUGCUCGCCGAUGGGGACAGCAGGACGGUGCUGUGCGUGGGCACCCUGGACAAGUGGCAGUGCAGGACCAUUAUCGACCGUGGCCUUGUCCGCCCCGUGGCCCUGGCCUGCACCGGGGACGACACGUUGAUCGUGUUGGACGGUGGAGAUCACACCUGGAAAGUGUACACGACCCGCGGCGCUCCGAACCAAGCCGGGCCGUGCCAGAGCUGAAGAUGCUGGAGUGAAUUGCCCACUUCUGCCAGAUUUGAUCAUCCGUGUCCGAAACG